GUCUCAUCUAUAUAUAUAUAUAUACCCAUCAUCACCUUCUCCGCUUAUACAUCCUCACUUAUAACUUUAUAAGCUUAUUUACUCAUCACUUUUUCAAUAAUUGGUAUUGGUAUGAUCUGGUGAGCUUCAAAAAUUUAUUUUAUCAGAUGUCUGUUUGAUCGAUCAUAUCACCAGCACGCAAUUAAUAUAACGUAUGUAUACAUAGAUUUUAUGUUCUAAUCAUCGAUCAUAUAUAUCAUAUCACAAGAGCGCAGCUAGCAGAAACUCAUCAAUUCGAUCAGUUUACUGAUAGAUGCAUGGUAGCAGAAAGCAACAAUGUCUUGCUUAAGCUUUGCCAACCGGGGCCAAAAAGAGGAGAUUAUCGUCGGCGGAGGAGGGAAAUGCACCCUUGAUGGAAGUAUUGAUCGGUAUGGUCGGCCAGCUGUGAGGAGCAGCACAGGAGGGUGGGUCUCGGGCGUGCUUUUGCUCGUGAACCAAGGUCUAGCUACAUUGGCAUUUUUUGGGGUGGGAGUGAAUUUGGUCUUGUUUCUGACUAGAGUCAUGGGGCAAGACAACGCUGAAGCAGCUAACAACGUGAGCAAGUGGACUGGCACUGUUUAUAUCUUUUCUCUCCUCGGAGCCUUUCUAAGUGAUUCGUAUUGGGGAAGAUACAGAACUUGUGCUAUUUUUCAGGCCAUUUACGUCAUUGGACUUGUGUCACUCUCAAUAUGUACGCAUGUAUUUCUAAUGCAACCGAAAGGUUGUGGUGACAAAGAAACCCCUUGUGGAACCCACACGCCGGUCAAACUGGGCCUAUUCUACGUAUCAAUCUACCUAGUUGCCUUAGGGUAUGGAGGGUACCAACCCAACGCGGCUACGUUUGGGGCAGACCAAUUUGAUGAGGAUGAGCCUGAAGAAAGCCACUCGAAGGUGGCCUUUUUCAGCUACUUCUACUUGGCCUUAAACCUAGGGUCCCUGUUUUCGAACACGGUGUUGGUCUACUUUGAGGACAAGGGGAUGUGGGCAUUGGGAUUUUGGGCGUCAACUGCUUCGGCCUUCUCUGCUUUAGUAUUAUUUCUCAUCGGAACAUCUGGAUAUAGGCAUGUCACGCCCCAAGGCAACCCUCUCUCAAGGUUUUGCCAAGUCGUGGUUGCAGCAGCCAGAAAAUGGAAGGUGCAGUUUCCUUCCGAUACUAAUGAACUCCAUGAAGUUGAUGGAGAGAAUGGCACCAGAAAGCUCCUCCACACCAAUGGUUUUACAAUUUUGGAUAAGGCGGCGAUUGUUGCACCAAAGAUGGCGAGCAUGGAUUCAUGGCAUUUGUGCACUGUCACUCAAGUGGAAGAAGUGAAAUGUAUUUUAAGGCUCCUUCCCAUAUGGCUAUGCACUAUCCUAUACUCAGUAGUCUUUACCCAAAUGGCAUCUUUGUUCGUAGUACAAGGUGCUGCAAUGAAGACCGACGUGUCGGGCUUCCACAUCCCAG